AGCUCCAAGUAAACUUGGUAAACCACGUUUUCACUGUUGAGAGUUUUUACUUUUUACGUCCGAUUACUCCGAUUAGUGAGUAGUGACUACUGACUAGUGAUUUGAUCGGUUGGUGUAUCUUCCGUUUGCAUUUUUACUUUAUUUGUAUUUUUGAAUAUUUUCAAAAUGAAUGUUUCUAACGAAGAAAAAAAAUCGGCCAAUGCGGGAAAUUCUGCAAUACUUGUACAUUCGUCCAUUAAUAAAAAAAGACGGGUAUUUGAAAGUGGAGAAAAAAAUAUGAUUAUUAAUCUUUAUAAAAGUAAAAUCAUGGAAAACCAACACAAUAUAAAAUUUGAGGAUUUAAUGAAAUCUAUCUCAAAAGAAAUCAGAAUUGAAGUUCAUUCAAUUACAGAGAUUGUGAACGAGUACUUAGAGUCCAAAAAAAUAGAUUAUGUGAAAUCGCCAGACAGAAAUAAAAGUUGUCUAACAAUCAAUAAAGUUGAAGUUUUCAAUAAAAUUGCAAUUAGAAAUAAAAUACAUGAAUUUUGGUUAAAACGUGAAAUACCUAAAUUUCAGAAAGUUUUACGGAUCAUUAAAAAAGAUCCAGACCUUCCUAUGGUAUCUCAAUCGUCUUUUCAUCAAUUAUUAAAAGAGUUGAAUUUUAAAUGCACCAAAAAGAAUCAAGACAGGGCAUUAACCGAAAGAAAUGAUAUCGUGUUAUGGCGACAUAAAUACAUUACAGACAUACGACGUUAUCGCAACGAAGGUCGAACAAUAUACUAUCUGGAAGAAAUGUGGAUGUAUACUGGUGACUGUACUAGAGAUACAUUAAUUUUGCAGCAAUUAUCUACAGAACUGAAUAAGUCAACAGAUAAAGUAUACUUAGGAGCUGUCCAUAUAUGUUCAACCGAAGGCUUUGUUGAGGAUGGUCUAAUGUAUUUUAAACCGAUUAAAAAGGCAAACGACUACCAUAAAAGCAUUAAUAGUAACAUCUUUUACAACUGGUUCUGUGGAGUUUUGCCUAAAUUAAAAGACAAUUGUAUCAUAGUUAUGGAAGAUGUUUCAUAUCACUCCCUUAAAAAGGAAUCUAUUCCCACAAUGGGUUGGAAAAAGGAAAACAUAAUAAAAUGGUUGAAGUCUAAAAAUUGUGUUGUCGAUAAAUCAUUUGUAAAAUGUCAAUUAAUGAAAAUGGUAAAUGAAAUCAAACCUCUAUAUGAUAAAAAUUUAAUAGAUGAAGAAGCAAUAAAAACUAAUAAAGUGGUCUUACGUUUACCUCCUCUCCAUAAUGAACUAAAUCCUAUUGAGUUAGCAUGGUUGAUGGUAAAAAAUGACGUUAAAGAAUACAAUACUACGUGCGAGUUAGCUGAUGUACAGAAGUUACUUGACGAUGGUAUUCAGCGCAUAACAUCCGACAUGUGGACUAAUUUUGUCAGCCAUACCAUAGAGAAGGAAGAUAAAUUGUAUAAAAUCGACUUUAUGGUUGAUGAAGUAAUAGACUCGACAUUGGAUCAGAUGCAAACAGAAGACACUUCUUCAGACUUUUCUGAUUAAUAUAUGACGUGUAUACCUAAUCAUUUAAUUUUAAAAUUAGUUAUUGUUUUUUUUUUUAAUGUUGUAAUAAAUAUUGUUGAAUAGGUUUUGUAUAUUAAUGUACUCAAAAAGAAAUAUGUUCCAAACAAUCCAAUCUGUAACUAGUUACUAGUUUCUAAUAUAAGAAUGGCUUAUGAGUUAUAAAAUGUCCAAAUAUAGCACUAAAAAAGUAAAAAUAUUUUAAAUUUAUUGAUA